AUGCCUCUCGAAGAGUUACAGCAACACGAAGAAAUCAAACCAAGCAAAAUAUUCGUUGCAAAAUCCAACCCAGAGCGUGUUCCCGUCUAUGCUGACGUCGAUUUGGAGCGAUUUUCGUCCUUGUCGAAAGCACAGCGAGUAGCAGCGUUAGUUCAUCGUUUCUUCAAUGUAUGUAAAGGAAAGAAACCAGAGAGUAGUGUCGUAACCGUACAAGAAUUACGAGUUGGACUGACUGCCCUAGUAUGCCAAUGUCAACGAGAGGCAUUCCCCGACGAGCUACAAUCCUUGGAAAGAACGAAAAGUGUCAGCAAGCGAUCAAAACUGUUGUCAUUUACACCCUACCUCGACGAGAAUAACGUAA